UGAUCCUGUUAAGGGUUCGAGGUGGUAUGGUUCUGGUUAGUGAUGUAAGAGGGGUGUAAUGGCACAACCCUCAUCCUCCACCAAUGGAGCUAUGGGCAGGGCUCAACACCCAUUUCUCUGGAUUUUGCUAUAAAACCGGUUUAGCACAUCACCUGCCUCUUAAUACUCUGUGCAAGAAUAAUUAACCCGCGCUGCAGCUCUUUGAGAAGACUUUUAUUGAAUAAACAAUGAGCAGUUCCAGGAUGGAUAACAAAUCCUACGUGGUUCAGAUGAAUGGGAAUGGAGUCCACGGCAAAAACGCAGUCAAUGCCAAAACUCUCAAUGGGACAGGAGUGAAUGGGAAGGUCGCCCACGGGAACGGCUUCCACCACGUCAGCGUGAAUGGCACUCUGUAUCCGACCAAAGCAAAGAGCCGCAGGCAGAGGUGGUCAGUGAAGCCAUCAGAGAUGGCCAACAACACACUGAACCCCAUCAGGGCCAUCGUGGACGGGAUGAAGCUCACCCCCAACCCAGAAAAACCCAUGAUUGCUCUCUCCAUCGGAGAUCCCACUGUGUUUGGUAACCUGCCCACAGAUGAUGCUGUGCUUCAGUCCAUGAAAGAUGCCAUAGACUCACAAAAAUACAAUGGCUAUGCUCCUUCUGUUGGUUAUCUGAAGAGUCGGCAGGCAGUGGCUAACUUUUACAGCUGUGCUGAGGCUCCACUGGAUUCAGAGGAUGUGAUUCUGACCAGCGGCUGCAGCCAGGCCAUUGACCUGGCUAUCAGUGUCCUGUGUAACCCAGGGGACAACAUCCUGGUCCCAUGCCCAGGCUUCUCGUUAUAUAAGACUCUGGCCGUCUCCAUGGGCAUUGAGGUCAAACUCUACAACCUGCUGCCUGAGAAGUCAUGGGAGGCUGACCUGCAGCACCUGGAGAGCCUGAUUGAUGAGAGGACUUCCUGUUUGAUCGUUACCAAUCCAUCCAACCCAUGUGGCUCCGUCUUCAGCAAGGAACACCUGCAAAAGAUCCUCAAAGUGGCCUCCAAACACUGCCUCCCCAUUCUGGCUGAUGAGAUCUACAGUGACAUGGUUUUCCCAGGUUGUGAUUCCCCCUCCGUGGCGUCUCUCAGCAGUGAUGUUCCCAUCCUGUCCUGUGGCGGCUUGGCCAAACGCUGGCUGGUCCCUGGUUGGAGGAUGGGAUGGAUCCUCAUCCAUGACAGGAAUGAUGUAUUUGGACCUGAGAUCAGACAGGGCCUGGUGAAGCUGAGUCAGCGUAUUCUUGGAGCCUGCAGCAUCGUCCAGGGAGCCCUGGAGAGUAUCCUCAACAACACACCUCAGAGCUUCUACCACGAGACCAUCAGCUUUCUCAAGUCCAACUCAGAACUGUGUUUCAACGAGCUGUGCACCGUCCCUGGCCUCACCCCCGUGAUGCCUUCAGGAGCCAUGUACCUCAUGGUGGGGAUUGAGAUGGAUCACUUUCCAGACUUUAAGAACGACGUGGACUUCACUGAAAAGCUGGUGACCGAGCAGUCUGUCUUCUGUCUGCCUGCCUCGGCGUUUGAGUACCCAAACUACUUUCGCAUCGUGGUGACAGUACCUGAGGAGCUGAUGAUGGAGGCUUGUGGUCGCAUCGCUGAGUUUUGCCAGCGACACUAUCGACCCCGCAGCCGCGACAGCAACGAUCUGGACCAGUGAUCCUACAGUCUUGGAGCAUGGACCUCGUGGUGACCAAAGCUUUAGUCACAUAAACUGAAUGAGCUUGGAACUGUAUUCCAUCUAGUGAAGUUAGAGAUGUAGAAAUAUGAGUCAAAACUGUGUUGAAACUGUCACAACUGAGGUGACAAAAAGCUUGGAAACAGCACAUUUGAUGGUCCAUCAGUGGUGUAAUUUUUGAUGAAAUGAGCUGACAAUAUUUAUAUUUUAUACAAGCAACCUAUAUUAACCUCUACUUGUUUGUGUAUUUAUGUAAUUUGUGUAAUACUUUCUACGUCUAUAAGAUGUAACCUCUUUGAUAUCAGCGACGAUAGUAUCAUAUGCAUUCUGUCACCUGCUUGUACGCUGUCACAAUAGGGGAUGUAAAUGUUGAAUAUCUACUUUUAUAAAUGUUGUAUAUCUAAAUUCUUUUGUGUACUUUGCUUGUGCUAGAAAACAACUUUUAAAGCAGUGUAAGUUUGGCAUGCUUUGUCUCUAAAUAUUCUCUGUAUAUUGUACGUUAUGUAGUGUUUAUGUAUAAAGAUAUUUUUACUGGUAAAAUUUUAUUGUAGUUUUUUUAAUAGUAACCUAAUAAAAAAAUAAAUUAAA